CUAAUCCAGAGCGAGGCCCCAAUUCUCUUCAAUUCUAUGAAGGCUGACAGAGCUGAGGAAGCUGCAGAAAAGUCUGAAGCUAGGAGAGGUUGGUUCCUGAGGUUUAGGGAAAGAAGUCAUUUCCAAAACAUAAAAGUGCAAGGUGUGAAGCAGCAAGUGCUGACGUAGAAGCUAGAGCACGUUAUCCAGAAGAUCUAGCUAAGAUAAUUGAUGAAGGUGGCUAUGCUAAUGAGAGCUUUUUAUUGUUGACCACACAGCCUUAUAUUGGAAGACGCCACCUAGGACUUUCAUAAGCUAGAGAGAAGUCAAUGCCUGGCUUCAAAGCUUCAAAGGGCAGCCUGACUCUCUUACUAGGGGCUCAUGCAGCCAGUGCUCAUUUACCACUCUGAAAAUCCUAGGGCCCUUAAAAACUGUGUAAAUCCCCUCUGCCUGUGCUCUGUAAAUGGAAGAACAAAGCCUGGAUGACAGCACAACUGUUUACAGUAUGGUUUGCGGAAUAUUUUAAGCCCACCUUUGAGACCUCCUGCUCAGAAAAAAAGACUCCUUUCAGAAUAUGGCUGCUCAUUAACAAUGCACCUGGUCACCCAAGAGCUCUAACAGAGAUGUACAACCAGACUAAUGCUGUUUGCGUGUCUGCUGACACAACAUCCAUUCUGCACACCUCAUGGAUCAAGGAGCAAUUCUGACUUUUAAGUCUUGUUAUUAAUCAAGAAAAACAUUUCAUAAAGCUGUCGCUGCCAUAGGUAGUGAUUCCUCUGACGGAUCUGGACAGAGUAAAUUGAAAAACUUCUAGAAAGAAUUCAGCACGCUAGAUGCCGUUAAGCACAUUUGUGAUUCAUGGGAAGAAGUCAAAAUAUCAACAUUAACAGGAGUUUGGAAGAAGUUGAUUCCAACCCUCAUGGAUGACUUUGAGGGGUUCGAGACUUCAGUGGAGGAACUAACUGCAGGUGUGGUGGAAAUAGCAGGACAACGAGAAUUAGGAGUGGAGCCUGAAGAUCUGACAGAGUUGCCUCAAUCUCAGAUAAAACUCAAUGAUGAGGAGUUGCUUCAUAUGGAUGAUCAAAGGAAAUGGUUUCUUGAGACAAAAUCUACUGCUGGUGAAGAUGUUGUGAAGAUUGUUGACAUGACGACACAGGAUUUAGAGUAUUACAUAAACUUAGUUGAUAAAGCAGUGGUAGGGUUUUAGAGGAUUGAUUCCAAUUUUGAAAGCAGUUCUACUGUGGGUAAAAUGCCGUCAGCAUUGUGUGCUAGAAACCACGCGUGAAAGGAAGAGUCAGUCGAUGUGGCAAACUUCACUGAUUGUACAAAAUUGCCACAGCCACCGCAACCUUCAGCAACCACCACCCUGAUCACUCAGCAAGCAGACAUCAACAUGGAGGCAGGACUCUCCAUUAACAAAAAGACUACGACUUGCUGAAGGCUCAGAUGAUGGUUAGCAUUUUUCAGCAAUCAGACCUCCGUGAGUGAAAGCCUUCAGAGGGAAGCUGCUAAGAAGCAAGCAAUGAAACAGACCAAACUGGCGAUCCAGAAGGCCCUUGCAGAAGAUUCCACUGUAUAUGAAUAUGACAGUAUUUAUGAUGAAAUGCAGAAAAAAAAGGAGGAAAGUAAUCCCAAGUUGCUUUUGGGAAAAGACCGAAAGCCCAAGUAUAUUCACAACUUACUAAAAGCAGUUGAGAUCAGAAAAAAGGAACAGGAAAAAAGAAUGGAAAAGAAAAUACAGAGAGAACGAGAAAUGGAAAAGGGAGAAUUUGAUGAUAAAGAGGCGUUUGUGACAUCUGCUUAUAAGAAAAAACUACAAGAGAGAGCUGAAGAGGAAGAAAGAGAAAAGAGGGCUGCUGCACUUGAAGCACGUUUGGAUGUAACCAAGCAGAAAGAUCUCAGUGGAUUUUACAGGCACCUAUUAAAUCAAGCAGUUGGUGAAGAGGAAGUACCUACAUGCAGCUUUCGUGAAGCCAGGUCUGGAAUAAAGGAAGAGAAAUCAAGGGGUUAUUCUGAUGAAGUAAGUUCAGAGCACAGAGUACCGCAUGAGAAAUGCAUUCUUCAAACUGUUGUGAAAGUGGAGGAAAACCCAGAUGCAGACAGUGACUUUGAUGCUAAGAGCAGUGAGGAUGAUGAAAUGGAAGAAAAUAAUAAAGUGAACUGCAGAAGGGAAAAGGGCACAGAGACCUCUGAGAAUGAUUCCAAGCAUCACAGGAAUCAAAGCUACUCACGGUCAUCUAGUGAAGAAAGAGAGCAUGGGACCAAAGCCCACACAAAAAGUUCAAAGUCAAGAGAAUAUGAGAAAAGGGAAGAUCAGCAUCAAGAGAGACGGUCCAAGGACCAGGAGAACUAUUACACUGAACGUGAUUACCGGAAAGAAAAAAAGGAUUCCCAUAGGCACAGAGAGGCCAGUCAUAGAGAUUCCCACUGGAAGAAGCACGAACAAGAAGAUAAACUGAGGGGAAGAGACCAUAGAGAAAGAAAUGACAGAGAAUGGAAAAGGGAGAAAGACAGGGAGAAAUAUCCCCCAAGAGAACAAGAAAGAGAGAGACAGCAAAAUGAUCAUGACCGACACAGUGAGAAAAGAAGAGAGAAGGAAGAGAAAAGCAAAGAAAGGGAAGAGCAUAUGAAAGCAAGGAAAGAAAGAUAUGAAGACACUGAUAAAUACAGAAAUAGAGAAAAACGGGAAGUAAGUGUCCAGUCAUCAGAAAGAAAUCAAGACAGAAAGGAAAGCAGCCCAAAUUUUAGGGCAAAGGACAGGUUUCUUGACCAGGAAAGAUCCAAUAAAACGAGAAACAUGGAAAAAGACAAAGAAAGAAACCCAGAGAAACCCUCUAGUUCUGAAACCUCACUGGGAGCAAAACACAGACACACGGAGGAAUGCCAAGAGAUGGGCAAAGAACAAGAGAGAGCACAUGAGGCAGUGAGUAAGUUUGCAAAGCGGAACAAUGAAGAAACUGUGAUGUCAGCUAGAGACAGGUACUUGGCCAGGCAAAUGGCUCGGGUUAAUUCAAAGACAUAUAUUGAGAAAGAAGAUGAUUGAUGACUGCCCCAAUAGAAAGACCUAUGGAAGCACAGAAAAUUAUGACUCCUGGAACAUGCUGUGUGAACACAAAGGAGUGUGUUAACAGUGGUUGGAAGGGUUUUUUUUUUUUUUUAAAUUAAACUUUUUAUUUUGAGAUAUUUAUAGGUUCACAUGCAGUUGUGAGAAAUAAGACAGAGAUCUCAUGUACCCUUUACCCAGUUUUCCUGAAUGGUAACAUCUUUAUCAUAACCAUGAUAUUGACAUUGUUCUGUCAAGAUACAGAACAUUUCCAUCACCAUAAGGAUCCUUCAUGUUACCCUUUUAUAACUACAUCCACUUCCUUCGUACCCCCACCCCUCCUUACCCCCUGACAACUACUAAUCUGUCCCUCGUUUCUGUAAUUUUAUCAUGUCAAGAAUGUUAUAUAAAUGGAUCAUACAGUCUAUAACCUUUUAGAAUUGUUUUUUUCACUCAGCAUAAUUCCCUGGAGAUUCGUCUAGGUUGCUGCAUGCAUCAGUAGUUCAUAUUUUUUUUAUUGUUGAGUAGUAUUCCAAAGUAUAGGUGUACCACAGUUUGUUUGUUCCCCGGUUGAAGGAUUCUAUGCUGGUUCCAGUUGUUGGCCAUUACAAAUAAAUUUGUUAUAAAUAUUCGUGUACAGA